AUGGCAAGACUCUUAUUACUUUCUCUCCCCGGUCUUGUGGCCAUAUGUGCUGUGCACGGAAUAUUUAUGGACAGACUUGCUUCCAAGAAGCUGUGUGCAGAUGACGAGUGUGUGUAUACUAUUUCUCUGGCCAGAGCUCAAGAAGAUUUCAAUGCCCCCGACUGUAGGUUCAUUAAUGUUAAAAAAGGGCAGCAGAUUUAUGUUUACUCAAAGCUGGUAAAAGAAAAUGGAGCUGGAGAAUUUUGGGCUGGCAGUGUUUAUGGAGAUGGCCAGGAGGAUGAGAUGGGAACCGUGGGGUAUUUCCCCAGCAGCUUGGUAGUGGAGCAACAUGUGUACCAAGAAGCCACCAAGGAAGUCCCCACCACGGAUAUUGACUUCUUCUGUGAGUGAGCAAGUAGACAAACCUGCAAAUAGAAAGGAAACAUCAAGAAAUAAAAAGAAGUGAAAUAACAACAACAAUAACAAAAAUACAUAUCCCUAAUUCC